AUGUCCGAAUCAUCUGCACCAUCGUCUAAAUCUUCUGUGGAACUGCCACAAGCCACCUGGUCGCAUCUGCAAAGAUACCCAGCGCUAUCCAAGUUUAUCAAGUAUGCGGAAUCGCUACCCCCUGUGGAGAGACUGAUCUCUUUCAACCUUGUUGUGUUGGGGUCCGUGAACCAGUGGGUUUCGGAGUCGUCCAACUCCCCUCGUCUAGUCAAGCAGCUGGUCGCUGCUGGGAAGGACGGGGUCUUCAAGCUGGACGAGUUGGUCAACCUUUUGGUGUUCAAAGAGGGUGUUGAUGGCUUGCUGUACGAUUGGAAGUCGCAUUCUGGCACCCCGGGCAUCUGGCUGGUGUGGUUCUUCGUCGACUACAUCGCCAACAUCUCUAACACGCUGUUGAGGGAGUUCCUUAUCAAGCCUCUGCACUUGCAAGGCUCCGCUCCCGCAAAGGAGAUCGGCUCUACCGGAGACGACAACAAGGUCAGCGACUCUUCGUCUCUACCCCACGUGGCAGAGCUCUCUUCUACCACCAGAAACGCCUCCCAGGAGAUCCAGUCCAAGGUCAAGUCCAACUACAUCGACCCAACCAGAGACCUAGCUAAGGAGAAGUACGACGCCAUCGUGAAGCCCACCACCGACAAGUUACAGUCCGUGUACAUCGACCCAACCAAGACCAAGCUGAACGAGACGUACCAACGUUUCACCACCGUGUACGAAAACAACCUGAGCAAGUCCGAAAGCGUCCCCAAAGCCAUCGUGUCCACCGGAUUGGACCUGGGCAAUGCUACUAUCGAGAAGCUAAAGGCCGCUAGAGAAGACCAGGCCAACUCCAAGCCAGCUGUUAUCCCAACUAAUUAG